AUGUCGAAUGGAACACCAGUCUUUGUCCCGAACACGGUUUGGAACCUCAUUCCUACAAGAAUAAUUGAUCACUAUUACGGUUAUACGAAAGAAAAUAAUCCUGGUUUUUCUCCACUCGGACGUACAAGUUUAUUAAGUCUUCUGCAUGCUUGCCAAACCUCAAUAAGACAGAGCAAGCAAGGUAUCAAUUAUUUUACGGCCAAUGCGGGACAGGCAUUCGAUGACCUAAUCCAGUUGAUCGAAGAGUUGAAUUUGGAUAUAGCUAGUAAACGAUCACUUAUCGACAACAUCAAAAGUGCUCGUAUGUACUCGAAAUCAGAUUAUAAAGUAAAUAUUAGUCAAGAAUUGACCGUUGCAGAUCAUUGUAUCAACUACUCUUUGUCAUCUCUAACGGAUGGUGAUUUCGCUGAAAAAUGUAAUCAUAAACAUAAUGAUCGGUGUAAUGAAUGUGAAAAUUUGGCAGCAACACUGGAAAUAAUUGAAAAUGAAAUAAAAAACUUGGUCGAUGAUCGUGAACUAGUUGACAGAGCCCUUGCUAGACUGCGAAUAUCUAGUGAUGCGAUCGAUGCAUGGAAGGCACAUUUAUUAAGAUCUGUCAACCAAGGUCUCUGCAGACAAGAAUUAGUGUAUAAUUUACAGGAUGAUACAGUGUUCGUCUAUAUGAACUGGGCGAUAAAAUGGUUGCCUGAAAAAUAUCGUGAACCGCAGGAAAAUUUCUUUGGCAAGAAAGGACUCUCUUGGCAUAUUUCGGUGGUGGUUAAGGAAGAAAGUAGCAAGGAUACAGUACUAAAGCAGGAGUCAAAUUUCUCAUCUUCCGCAGACGAAGACGAAAUCGAUGAUACAAGUAUGCAAAACGACGACGAAGAAGAAGAAGAAACUGUUCAUCCGACUGAGAAUAACUAUUCAACAAAAAUAUACGUACAUGUCAUAGAUCAUUGUAUGCAAGACUCGGAAGCAGUUAUAGCAAUUUUAUCGGACGUUCUAAAAAGAGUGAAAACGGAAGAUAAAUCGAUUAAACAUGCAUUUCUGAGAGUGGAUAACGCUGGAUGCUAUCAUUCCGCAUCGGCAAUAUUCUCACUAGCUCAGGUGUCACUAAACAUGAAUAUCAAAGUCGAACGAAUCGACUUUUCCGAUACUCAAGCCAGAAAAUCAGCUUGCGACAGAUACGCGGCGGCUGUUAUAAAGGGGAACGUGAGAAGAUAUCUGAAUGGAAAACAUGGUAUUCUGAACGCUGGUCAAUUUAUUAAAGCCUGUAUGUCACAUAGUGAUGUGAAAGAUGUAGAGGCAUUUGACUGUCCAAUGAUUAGUUCCGAUGUUAUAACACCAAUACCACUGAUCACACAACUUAACAACUUUUCAUUUGAGAAAGACGGAUUAUGUGUUCAUCGGGCACAGAGAGUAGGAGAAGGAAAAUUGAUUUCUUGGAAGGAUUUGAAAUGUGCAACUACUAUCAGUCGCAUUGAAUGCAAUAACUACAGUGGAAUAGCACAAGCCUGGUCUGCAAUCUCCGCACGUAAAGCAACGAGUACAGUGGAUAGUAGCAGCGAUGACGAUGAUGAAUAA